AUGAAAUAUCUCUCUCGGCUGCUUCAACUUGGUGCUUUACAACUUGAUUUUCGGUUUCACCCUAUGUGUAAAAGGCUCAAAAUCAUCAACUUAUGUUUUGCUGAUGAUUUAGUGAUUUUUUUCAAAGCAAACUGGAGCUCUUUUCAGAUUAUUCAGCAUAUUUUUGAAGAAUUUUGCCACAGCUCUGGAAUGAAAGCCAAUCUAAGUAAGUCUCAAGUUUUCUUUAGUGCUAUUUCAGCUCAAGAUAAGCUCCAGUUGCAGCAAAUGUUACAUCUUGCAGAGGGCACCUUCCCCCUCAAGUAUCUUGGAGUUCCUAUGAGACCUACAAAGUGGAAAGAGGCUGACUGUGGAGAAAUUCUUAAGAAAAUAAAGCUUAGACUUCACACUUGGGCUAGUCGACAUUUAUCUUAUGCAGGGAGGGUUCAGCUUAUUUCAUCUGUUCUGUUGGGGCUGAGAAAUUACUGGAUGAAUAUUUUUUUAUUGCCUCAAAGUAUAAUCAAAGAAGUUGACAAGCUUUGUAUUUGGUUUCUCUGGGGUAAUAAUGGUACAAGGAGCAAUUUUCAUCUUACUUAUUGGUCUACGAUUUGCUUGCCUAACGCUUUUGGAGGAUUGGGUUUUGGUGAAGGUUCUAAGUGGAACAAGGCAAUGCUUGGUAAGUAUAUCUGGGCUAUUAGCCAUCAGCAGGAAGCUCUUUGGGUGAAAUGGGUUCAUGUUGUGUAUUUAAAGGGGCAAAACUUUGGGCAAUACCAACUUAAGGUUGAUACCAGUUGGUAUUGGCGUAAAAUCUAUCAAUUACAAGAUAUGUUUUCUCAAGAGGAGAUUGAAAAAGUUGGCAGUCAAGGGAGGUUUAAAAUUAGGCAGCUAUAUCCUAGUCUUAUUCAUCAUAUUCCUGUUAAAUACCAGCAGUUUGUUUGGAACAGAAUGAGUGUACCUAAGCAUAGGUUUAUAACUUGGCAAGCGGUCAAUUCUAAGUUGUUAACAAGGGACCAUUUACAACGAGUGAUUCUUCUUCUCGAUUCUACUCUUUGUUCGGUCUGUGAUCAAGAUGAGGAGAGCCAUAGUCAUCUGUUUUUUGGCUGUUACUUCUCUCAGCAGGUUGUCCAUCAGGUUCAAGGCAGGUUCGGUUGUACUUGGCCUCUAAUCUUCUCGGACUGGUGCAGGUGGAUAGAAGACAUGAGGAAGGGGGUUCGAGCCUCUAUAGUGGCGGCUGUGUUUUCAGCUACAGUCUAUUAUUUGUGGCAUAAUAGAAACACUUGUUUUGUCCAUAAUUACUCUCUUAAUGUAAUGGCUGUAGUUGAAUUGAUUAAAAAAGACAUCAAGUGUAGGCUUAGUUUUUUCUCUUCAGUAGAUGAACGACUUUGA